UACUAGGCUUCCUGUCUCUCUUUGCUGGAGCCCGACUCUGUAUAAGCAAACGAACCCUCUCCCCCACUGGGCUGCUGGCUGCAGAGUCCCAAGCUUGCAACCAGACACACCUGUGUGAGACAAGCAGAGGCAAAGGAAGCCCUGGGCCCAAGAGUGUCCGUCUCUGCAUGCGUGGGUCCUUGGUGCCCCUGACCCCUGGCCACAUCAGCAAAGUCAUCAUGCGCCGGGGACUCUGUUUGCAGUACCUGCUGCUGGUGCUGCCACUGGCUCUACUCCCAGCAGCCACUUGGGGAAGGACCGUGAUGCUAGGCAAAGCUGGGGCCUCCAGCAUUGAUCUGCCGUGCGAGAGUCCCCAGAAGAGACACGCAUUGUUCAAGUGGAAACACAGCAACCAGGUCAAGAUCCUGGAAAACCAGGCCUCCACCUUCUGGCUUAAAGGUAAGUCUCCUUUGAGUGAUCGCGUGGAGUCCAAGAAAAACUUGUGGGACCAAGGAUCCUUUCCGCUGGUCAUCAAGGACCUGAAGAUGGAAGACUCCGGGAUUUAUAUCUGUGAAGUAGACGGCAAGAAAUUCGAAGUGGAGCUACUGGUAUUCAAAUUGACCGCCCAACCAGACACCCGCCUGCUCCAGGGGCAGUCACUGACCCUGACCUUGGAGGGCCGCUUUGACGAGAGUUCCUCUGUGCAAUGGAAGAGCCCAAGGAGUAAAGUUACAAAAGGCAGCCAGAUUUUUUCCGUGCCCCAGGUGGGGGUCCAGGACAGUGGCACCUGGACCUGCAUCUUCUCCCAGGACAAGAAGAUACUGGAGCUCGACAUAAAAAUCUUGGUGUUGGGAUUCCAAGAGGCCUUGACCUCAGUCUACAAGGCCGAGGGCGAGCAGGUGGAGUUCUCCUUCCCCCUCAACUUUGACAACGAAGACCUGAGAGGACAGCUCAUGUGGCAGGCAGAGGGGGCCUCCUCCACCCAGUCCUGGGUUGCCUUCUCCUUGAAGGACAAGAAGGUGUCCGUGCAGGAGGUGCUCCCGGACCUCAAGUUGCAGAUGCACAAGGAGCUCCCGCUGCGUCUCUCCCUGCCCAACAUCUCGCCUCACUCUGCUGGUUCUGGAACCUUGAGCUUAACUCUUGCUAAUGGAAAGUUGCAGCAGCAAGUGAACCUGGUGGUGAUGAGAAUGAUUCAUGUAAACAACAACUUGACCUGCAAGGUGUUGGGACCCACUGCUCCCAAGACAAAGCUGAGCUUGAAGCUGCAGGGCUUGGAAACGACGGUCUCCACGCAGGAGAAGACGGUGCAGGUGCCAAACCCGAAGGUGGGGACAUGGCAAUGUGUGCUGUUCAGCGGGGACCAGGUGCUGCUGGAGUCUAAGACCAACGUUGAGCCCAAGAGGCUGGACCAGCAGCAGCCCAUGCUCCUGGCUGGUGUGCUGGGGGGCACCACAGGCUUCGUGCUCUUCACUGGGCUCUGUAUCUACUGCUGUGUCAAGUGCCGCCACCGACGGCACCAGGCACAGCGGAUGUCUCAGAUCAAGAAGCUGCUCAGUGAGAAGAAGACCUGCCAGUGUCCCCACCGGCGGCUGCAGAAGACGGACAGUCUCCUGUGAGGUGCCAGUCGCCUGCAGCCUCCCAGCUGUCUGCCCUGGAAUCCUGUGUCUCCUCUUCCGGGGGCCUAAGGACCAGAAGAAUGUAGCAAAUCCCAGCCCUGCCACUGCUGCCUCUGCAGGCUUCCUGCUCCCUCCUAACAAGGACCUAAGUGUCCCCCCACACACGUGCCCAGCCCCUGGGGCAGCCGCACCCCUUGCAGCAGGUGUAGCCCCCACUCUGCACUUUCAGGAGACUUCCUCACGCCACCUUCCUGGCUGUACUCGCCCUCUUCCCUGCCCCACUUUCUUCUGGGUUUAAGCCCUGGCUCUGGUUAUCUCUCUUCUUCCCCUCCUCCCCCAUCCACCUGUAUCAGCCCAGCUCUCCCUGGGUAUCCCAAAGCAUGGGAAUUCAUCUCCCAAGGGCUUGCCUGAGAACCCUCCUACCACUACCACCACCACCAAGCCAGCCUAGGAUGGAGCCAUGCUGCCAGUGUCUGCUGAACUACUAAGUCACCUUCUGGCCCUUGCCCCAGACGGCUUUUCACACGCAUACCCAUACACACAGCCUGCCCCAGCUGCUUUGAGAAGGCAGGGAGGAAUACUGCUCAGCUAGCUGAGGCUGCCCACAGGUUCCCAGUGGGUCUCCUUGGGUCCCCAGGCACACCUGUCUACCCACAGAAAGGGCCAGAACAGGCGGCCCAUCUCUCUCCCUAGGUCCCUGUUCCAUCACCUGUGGAUCUCCUAAGGAGAGCGCUGACCCCCCAUCCCUGGGGGACAGAAAGCCCCCCGGGGGGGGUCACUCACUUUGUAUAUGUCUCAGAAAGUGGAGAGGGGCCAGCCUGACAUGAGCCUGUGAGUGCCCCCACCAGGGACAGUGUGUUGGGGCUGUGAUGCCCAUGCCUCCUGCACAUGGCCCAAGAGUUCCCCAUGUUCCACCUCCCAGGGUCCCACAGUCUCUGCCUUUUUCUCUUCUUUCUUCACCACCUUCCUCAAUCCUCAACCCUCCCCAUCCCCUUGCGUUCAUUCUAUCCAAGCGUGCCUCUUCCAGAAAGACUACUCAACUGCCUCCAGGGUUUCCCAUUCCUGCCCAGUGCCUACCUCUGCAUCCUAAAGCUAACAGAAAAAUACAAUAAACUUACUGUAAAGAG